GCGCACCCGCCCGCGUCGCCGCGGGGAUGCCCGCGCCCGCCGCCGCGCCCUGAGCGCCUUUGUCUGCCUCCCGCGCCGCUCGCAUCAUCCCUAGUUUAGCCGGCGCCGGAUCAUGGAGCUGAGCCAGCCGACCUCCCUGUCGGACCACGACGAGCCGGCGUCUGGGCCCCACCGCGGGGUCAAGGGGCCGGUGGGGCCCGACGCUCCUCGCGGCUGGUCAGAUGAGCCCGAGGAACACGCCCAGCUUCAACGGUGGCCAGAGGGACCCAACGCGCCAAUCUGCUGGCCCGAAGAGGUAGAGGAGCCUGACGCUCCUGGCCGCUGGGUCAAAGAGCCCAACGCCCCUCACUGCUGGUCUCAGGAGCCCGACGUAUCCUGCCAUUUGGCCAAGGAGCUGGAGGAACCUGACGCCCCUCGCUGCUGGUCUCAGGAGCCCGACGUAUCCUGUCACUUGGUCAAGGAGCUGGAGGAACCCGACGCCCCUCGCUGCUGGCCUCAGGAGCCAGACGCACAGUGCCACUUGGUCAAGGAGCUGGAGGAACCCGACGCCCCUCGCUGCUGGUCCCAGGAGCCAGAUGCACAGUGCCACUUGUCCAAGGAGCUGGAGGAACCCGACGCCCCUCGCUGCUGGCCCCAGGAGCCCGACGUACCGUGUCUCUUGGCCAAGGAGUGGGAGGAAUCCGAUUCACCGCGUCUCUUGGCAGAGGAACUGGGAGAGCCUGACGUCCUUCACUGCUGGCCCCAGAAGCCCGACGCACCGUGCUUCUUGGCUGUGGAGCUGGAAGAGCCUGACGGCCCUCACUGCUCUUCCCAGGAGGCGAACACAGGGUGUCUCUUGGCCAAGAAGCCGGAGGAGCCUGGCGCCCCUCACCUGUGGCCGGGGGAACCCGAUGUACUGUGCCUCUUGGUCAAGGAAACGGAGGAACCCGGUGCACCUCGCUGCUGGCCCGAGGAGCCGGAGAAGCUCAAUGAGCCCGAAGAGCCAGAUACACCCCGCUCACCGUGUUUCUGGGGCAACGAACCAGAGGAGUCCGACGCAUCUUGCUGUUGGUCGGAGGAGCCCCCGGUGCUGUGCCUCUGGCCGGAAGAGCAGAACGCAACGCGCUGCUGGCAGGAGGAGCCCGAUGCACCCUGCUUCUGGCCAGAGGAUGGAGAGGAACCCAAAGUUCCCUGUCUCCAGUUUAAAGAGCCAGAGAAGCCCAAAGUCCCGGGCAGCUGGCCGGAGGAACUGGAAGACUGCUGCGCUACGCGGGGCCUACCCCUAGAGCAUUUGCCCUCCGAGAGCGAGCUGCUUCAGGCAUGUCCCGGGCCACCCUCGGACCCAGGCCCGGCGUUGUCGCUGUCCAGCGAGCUCGGGACAGUCCAGGAGGAGGGUGCGCGCCUCAGGACGGUGUUCGACGCCUUGGAUAGGGAUGGGGAUGGCUUCGUUCGCAUCGAGGAUUUCAUACAGUUUGCCACUGUCUACGGGGCGGAGCAGGUGAAGGACUUAACUCAAUACCUGGACCCCAGUGGGCUUGGCGUGAUCAGUUUUGAAGACUUCCACCAAGGGAUUGUGGCUAUCAGAAAUGGAGAUCCUGAUGGCCAGCUGUAUAAUGUGGAGCCUGCCCAGGAUGAAGAGCCCCCUGCCUGCGCCGAUGAGUUUGACGACUUUGUCACCUACGAGGCCAACGAGGUGACAGACAGUGCAUAUAUGGGGUCUGAGAGCACCUACAGUGAGUGUGAAACCUUCACAGACGAAGACACCAGCACCCUGGUGCACCCUGAGCUUCAGCCUGAAGGGGACGCUGAUAGUGCUGGUGGCUCAGCUGUGCCCUCAGAGUGCCUAGACACAAUGGAGGAGCCUGACCAUGGUGCAUUGCUGUUGCUCCCAGGCAGAACCCACCCUCACAGCCAGGCUGUGGUCAUGGUGAUUGGCAGUGAGGAGCAUUUUGAAGAUUACGGUGAGGGCAGUGAGGCAGAGCCGUCCCCGGAGGCCCUCUGUAAUGGCGAGCUGGAUUGCGGGGACUCUUCUUUCCUCAGCCCCAGCUCCAACCCUCUUGCCUCAAAGCUGCACAACGUCCUCACUGAUGAGGUCUUUGAGUUUUACUGUAGCCAGUGCCACAAACAGAUCAACCGCCUUGAAGAUCUUUCUGCCCGCCUGACUGAUCUUGAGAUGAAUAGCCCAGCUAAGCGGCUCUCCAGCAGGAAGGUGGCAAGGUAUCUGCACCAGUCAGGGACUCUGACCAUGGAGGCCCUGGAGGACCCUCCUCCAGAGCCUGUGGAGUGUCCAGAGGAGGAUAUUGCUGACAAGGUCAUCUUCCUGGAAAGACGGGUGUCAGAGCUGGAGAAGGAUAGUGCAGCUGCUGGGGAGCAACAUGGCAGGCUGAGGCAAGAGAACCUCCAGCUGGUGCACAGAGCCAAUGCCCUGGAAGAGCAGCUGAAGGAGCAGGAGCUCAGAGCCCAGGAGAGGGUCCUGGAAGAAACCAGGAAGCAGAAGGAGCUCCUGUGUAAGAUGGAGCGUGAGAAGAGCAUUGAGAUCGAGAACCUGCAGGCCAGGUUGCAGCAGCUGGAUGAGGAGAACAGUGAGCUGAGGUCCUGCACUCCUUGUCUGAAAGCCAACAUCGAGCGCCUGGAGGAGGAGAAACAGAAGAUGCUGGAUGAGAUUGAAGAGUUGACUCAUCGGCUCAGUGAAGAACAGGAGAAUAAGAGGAAGAUGGGGGACAAGCUGAGCCAUGAGCGACACCAAUUCCAGAGAGACAAGGAAGCAACUCAGGAGCUGAUCGAGGACCUCCGCAAGCAGCUAGAACAUCUGCAGCUUCUCAGACUUGAGGUGGAGCAACGACGGGGCCGCAGCAGCAGCCUGGGCCUGCAGGAGUACAACAGCCGUGCACGGGAGAGUGAACUGGAGCAGGAGGUCCGCAGGCUCAAACAGGACAACCGAAACCUGAAGGAGCAAAAUGAUGAGCUAAAUGGGCAGAUCAUCACCCUCAGCAUCCAGGGUGCCAAGAGCCUCUUCUCCACAUCCUUCUCUGAGUCACUGGCUGCAGAGAUCAGCUCUGUCUCCCGAGAUGAGCUCAUGGAAGCAAUCCAGAAGCAGGAGGAGAUCAAUUUCCGCCUGCAGGACUACAUUGACAGGAUUAUUGUGGCCAUCUUGGAGACCAACCCAUCCAUCCUCGAGGUCAAGUAGGACAUCUUAGCCCAGUUUGGGCUGGUUAUAGACUCCACAGCACCCCAGAGUGGCCAAGCCAAGACCAGCAAGCCUAGAGUGUAUAGAGGCCUCAUGCAGCUGGACUGGGAGAGUAAAGAUAAGGGCUGCAGAGAGCAGUAAGGAGGAAGAAAGGGAGGCGGACAGCAGACGAGGAGUGAGGCUGGGCUCCUUGAAUGUCAGGAAGCCAGGGCCUCCCUCCACAAGCUGGCCUAGCCAGCAGCACCCAUGUCUGCUCAGCAGAAUGCAAAUGUGUAGGGAUAGUCUGUCAAGCUGGGAGGGGCCCCUCAGUGACUCUCUGACAAACCCCUUUUCCUGUUAUGCAGCCUGUUAGGAAGAGAGGGAGAAAAUGAAUCUUCACCUCAGUUGCUGCCUCUCACUCAUGUUGACAUGGUGCCACCAAAGCUUGACCAUCCCCAUGUGGUAUGCAAGCUGAGGACCCACGAGUUGGACGUAGACAUGGUAGUUCUGGAGACACAGGCAGGCAGAGACGGCACAUGUGGGAUCUGGUCCGGAGCCACAGGCUGCCUGUUCUCCUUGCGCUGCUCAAGCCUUCUCCCACCAGAUGGGCUUCCAUUCACCUUUGGACCCAGGGCCUCCAAGCCACACAGCCAUUCUUUGUCCAGACUCUUACACAGUAACUCGUCAGCUCCGGUCCUCUCGUGGGGGCCAGGGCAGCUAGUUCAUGCUGACUGUGGAACUCACUUCCUGGACUGGUGAACACCCAGGUGCAGGUGCUGCUUCUUCUCAGGUGUGGCCUACCCUGGCUCCUGGACCCACACCCUCCUCAGGCUGACUUUACUGCCUUGGGAGAAGUUGACAUUUCCGAGACAGUAGUCUAGGCCUCUGAAACAAAAUUUCCUUCUCUGCUUUUGACUUUAAGUCCCUGGGUCCCCAGGAGUCAUUUUGCUGGUGGGUAGGUGGGUGGACAAGACUCCACACAGACCCAGAGGCAGAGGAAGGCUUGCUGCUUGCCCCUGCACUACUCACAGAGUGCACCUCUCACAGAGUGCAGCAUCCAUGGGCCUGAGCCUGAGCACUAGCCCCGGAAUCUGGACACACUGUGUGAGACCACACCGUAGGCUGUGUGAGUGUGUGUGUGUGUGUGUGUGCGCGUGCGCAUGCAUGAGUGUGCACACAAGUAUGAAUGUUUGUAUGCUUGUGCCCACACAUGCUGCCCUGCAUCCCUUCACUGCCUAUCCCCCCCCCACCUUCUACACUACAGUUUAAGAUGUUGCCUCGUAUUGUACAUUUUGGGGAAAGCCUUGUGUGUAAAUCAGUGUAAACUUGGAGGAGAGAUUUUUCUAUCAUGUAGAGUAGGUAUUUUUUAUAGAUUGAAGGUUGAUCAAUUUUUUAAUACUUUCCAGAGAGAAAACUAUCUGUGUAUACAUAUGAAAUAUAUAUAUAUAUAUGUAUAAUAUAUCAAUACUGGAGCCCUGCUUUUCUGUGCCCAGGUCCAAGUCCUACAUAAGGGCUUGUGGCCUAUCUCUGCUGUCUGCCCUGCCGUGCUCACUGCAAACACGGGUCUCCAGGAGACACUGGGAAACACAUCAAUCACCAACUUGCUCACAGUAUCUGCUUCCGCUCCCUGAGAAGUAGCUCUUCCUCCAGGGCAUGGAAGGAUGGGAGGCCAUCAGGAUCCUGUCCCAUGUCAUCCACAACAGAUUAAAGCUGUUACCGCACACA